GCUAAAAGCAUACAGGGACCCUCCUUCCAUGAGCCAGAUGAGAGUUUCUGGGAAUUCACAGCUGACUCAUUGGAGGCCUAAAAGGAUAGGAGUCCCAUGACUUCAACGCGACUGCUCUCCCAGUCAUUUGUCCGCAAUGCUGCCGCGAUGGCAUAUGCUCAGCGACCAACCCAGCCCCUGGUGGCCAUCAUGGGCACCACAGGCACUGGCAAGUCAGACUUGGCAGUCGACCUGGCCGUGUGCUUCGACGGCGAGAUCAUAAAUGCCGAUGCGAUGCAAAUGUACAAUGGUUUGCCUGUGAUCACGAACCAGAUCACGGCUGAGGAACAGCGCGGUGUACCACAUCAUCUCCUUGCCACAGUAAAGCUUGACCAACCCACGUGGACUGUCGGGGUGUUUGCACGAGAAGCGUCUAAGCUCAUUCGGGAGAUUCGGAGUAGAGGAAAGCUGCCGAUUGUGGUUGGCGGUACACACUACUACGUCUCUUCCCUCCUCUUUGAGAACAGUCUUGUCGACUCUCGUGAUCUUGAUGAUGCCGAGUCCAAGUAUGUAACCCAGACGGAUAUCGAGAAGCAGCACCCCAUAUUAGAUGGUCCCACGGAUUUGAUGCUGCAACGACUGCGUGAGGUAGACCCCGCUAUGGCCUCCCGCUGGCAUCCCGACGAUAGACGCAAGAUCAAGCGCUCUCUGGAGAUAUUCCUGACUACGGGCAAACGCGCUUCUGAUAUAUAUGGCGAGCAGCAGCAGACAAAGUCCAACACGGGCCCUUCAGACAGUCCCUGGCAAUCGCUGAUGUUCUGGGUCUACUCGAAACCGGAUGUGCUCAAGGAGCGCCUUGACAAGCGUGUAGACAAGAUGGAAAGAGUUGGCCUGAUGGAAGAGGUCAGGAACCUGCACCAUCAGCUGCGAAUACGGACAGAAAGCGGGGAAGAAGUCGAUCGUACUCGAGGAAUUUGGCAAUCGAUAGGCUUCAAGCAGUUUGAAGCAUUUCUGGACGCGGAGCGAGAUGGGCGACCAACAGCUGAGCUCGAUAAACUGAAGAACCUCAGUUUGGACGCCAUGAAGAUCGCAACAAGGCAGUAUGCCCGACAGCAGCUAAGGUGGCUUCGAACCAAGACGAUUCCCACUCUCGAAGAGAAAGACGCCACAAAAUAUCUCUACUUACUAGAUAGCUCAGAUGCGGAGGCCUUCUCGUGCGACGUCCUGUCGCCCGCAGCGGACAUUACGCGGAAGUUCCUUGAUGGCGUGGAGAUGCCCCGCCCGGUAGACAUCUCGGAAACUGCUAAGGAUGUUCUCUCAGCACUGGAAGGGAGUUCGGCCCCCAAGCAGAACUUCGAGGCGAAGCUUUGCGAGAUUUGCAACAUGACUCUCACAACAGAGGAUGGGUGGCAGAAACACAUCAAUGGGCGGCGUCAUCGCCGGUACGUGAAAAGCAAGAGCAGGAUGGCUCUGGUUCCAGUAUACCAGCCAGCUUCUGUUGAAGCUGAUGGACCAACGCCACCCAAGGUAGACCUAGCCGUCCCUGGAUAAGCGUAAAACAAAUAUAAUAACUGAAUAGUCAUUUCUGUGCC